AUGCAUUGGAGUGUCCAUCUACUUCACCUGCAAUUGUCAGCUCAGUCUGCCGGCGUGUUUUUGAAUUCUUGUACUAGAAAUGUUGUUGGAGUUGUUGUUUGGUCUGAUGAGGAACACGCAUGUAACAGCUUCAACCACCACAGCCACCUCAUCCACAACAACAUCCUCAACAACAACGACCUCGAACUUUUUUGUGACGUCAUCGGCACUCCACAGCCAUCAGUCACUUGGUUGCACAACUCCCUGCCCCUGCAGAACUCGCACAAGUACCAAAUGUCAUCCAUGACUUCCCUGUUGUCGUCGUCGUCUUCUCAGUUCCUCCCACACGCGACGUCAUUGAAGAGUCAGAAGAAGGCAUACUCUCACAGGCUGAUCAUCAGGCAGUUUGUGCGGUCGCUGGACGAGGGUCUGUAUACUUGUGCGUUCAAGAACAGCGCUGGUAGCGUCGAUCGCAACUUCAAAAUCGUCGUGCCAGCAUACCAACAACUCACUGAAACAUCGCAACAACGACUCAACAGAAUAACAGAGCACGAGACAUCACUUUGUGACAAUGGGAUUGAAAGAUCUUCAUUUGCACAUCAAUAUUUAACACUCACUUACGAAUACCUGAUAUUUCAUACUGGCAAGCCUUUUUUGUUUGAGCCUGAGUUUUUUCGCGUGCUUGCUUACAACAAUGAAACGAUCACAUUGUUGUUGGACACAUCAAAUCAUAGGAGGAGGUCUGAUCAGUAA